AUGAAGGAGGCCCGUGAGAAACAUCUCACUGCAAAAAUAAUCAAUCACAAACUCAUAAUUAACGGCACAACCUAUACUGCAGACGAAUUAGAAAAAGGGAGUGAAAUUCCACAACUUGAAGCUUCGUAUAAAAGAGGACGAGAAACGUAUAGUGCUCCAUCAACACCUCCACAUUCUUCACUGAGUCUUCCACAUACCACUGAAACUGUGAAUAUUGAAGAGGGACAUCCUAGAUUGGUGCAGGCCCUCGCAAAAUUAUAUUCGAACCUUACUGGCCAGAAUAUCAACCCGUAUACAGAAGUCAUCAUAACGACUGGGGCGUACGAGGCACUUUUCUGUGCAAUUAUGGGGCACGUUGAUAAGGACGAUGAAGUCAUUCUGAUUGAACCCUUUUUUGAUUGUUUGGAACCGAUUGUGAGAUAUGCUGGUGGGAAACCCAGAUUUCUUUCACUGAGAAUGGUAAGAAACAACAUAGUUUAUACCGUGGAAGAAAUUCUUGAACAAAAAGAAAUUGAAGAAUCGGAUUACAUACUACAAACAAAUAGUAACUCCAAUACACCAUCCAAAUCCUUCAAUUUUCCUACAAAACCCACUGAAACAAGUGAUAUAACCGAAGCCAAAAAUACAGGUGCAAUCAAGAAGAUUGAUAUCAAUAAAAUUGAAAAGAAAGAAGAAGAGAAAGGAGAAAGGAAGGAAGAGAAAAAGGAAGAUAAGAAUAAGGAUAAAUCCACAAACCUCCUAUCAUUACAAACCAUCAAAGAUAGUUAUUCUGUAGAAUUGAAUCUACUAAAGAGAGACAUAUUUGAUGAACGACCCACGUCGGCUGAUUGGGUUAUAGACAAGAAUGAAUUGGAAAACGCUUUCAAUGACAAAACGAAAGUUAUCAUCCUCAAUUCCCCGAACAAUCCACUUGGCAAAGUAUUCACACAACAAGAAAUGACUGCGAUUGCUGACUUAUGCAAGAAAUGGAACGUAGUUUGCAUAUCCGAUGAGGUCUAUGAAUGGUUGGUUUAUGAACCAAUGAAGCACAUCAGAAUGGCUCCAAAUGUUGAACUUCAUUCCGAAGCAGAUGAGAAUAAAGACUUCCGUUUCACAAAAUGGAUGACGAAAAAUGUUGGUCUUCAAGGGAUACCAUGCUCAGUAUUUUUCAGCAGUGUCAAUAAAACUAUUGGAGAGAAUUACGUUCGCUAUUGCUUUACUAAGAGAGACGACGUUCUGAAAAAAGUUCAAGACAUUUUGAUGGACUGGAAAUCUCGAAUGGUGAAAUAUUGAUUGGAAACAUAUUCUCAAGUGAAUUUUCGAGAAAGUUACAUGAAGCCUGUAUAAACUCGAUCAGAUAUUUGAAUAGAGAAUAUCUGAACUAUCUCAGUGAGCCAUGAGGAGAAUUACACUCAAGUACCAAUGUAGUUUCGAUUCAAAUGAAUAAUUACCUACCAAUAAAAUCAAUCG